GCGUAGUCUCGUGCAACACUGAGAACCUCGUCUCCAGUGAGGUGGACAUCGAGCGCUGUCUCGUGCAACACUGAGAACAUCGUCUCCAGUAAGGUGGACAUCGAGCACUGUGCACUGUGCAACACAUCGAGCACUGUGCAACACACUGGAAGUCGUCUCAUAAAAGUAAGGUCAGCAUUAAGCGCACCCCACUGGACCUCGUCUCAACAAAGGUCGUCAUCGAGCAGUGCGUCGAACAACACGCUGGACCUCGUCUUCAGUAGGUCGGCGUCAGUAUCAAGGGAAACACGCUAUCCUUGGUAUGUAGAAAAGGUGGGCAUCGAGCGAGGUCUCGUAUUUCCACGUGAACCUUUGCCGUCAACGGUGGCUAUCGUUCAGCUACAACAGAGGAAAUCCCAAGCGUUUGUUGCUUUUAAAACUUCGACAGAUCAUUUAUUGACAACGAAAGAAACCAAACAAGAACCAUUGGAAACAUAAAUAAUUUGACUUCAUUAAGGAGUGUCCAUUGCUAUUAUUAACGAUGAAGUUGAAUGCACUGUCAUUUACGUUGGCUACGGCCUUGUGCAUGGCAUCGCUAUCUAUUCCUACUGUGGCACAAGGUAAUCUACUUCUCGCGGCAAGAGUUAAGAGACAAAGUCGCACAAGCGAAGCCGUCAGUCCCGCCCGAAGGUUACCAGAUCCAAAUAAUAAUCAACGACAAGGAACCCCACAACAAACCAGGCCUACCUCGACCAACCAACCGCAACAACCCGCAGGACAAACGAAGGCGUCGUCAACUGCAGGCAAAAUUUCACUCAAAGAUUACCCUGACAAUGUGCCGCUGACGCAGAUGACACCCGAGCUAUUGGAAAGCUUCUUGGCAUCGGAGGAGGAUGUCAUCUUGCUCACCAGAUGCUUUGAAAACUUCAAAACCUGCCGGUACACUCACGCUAUCAAUCUAAUUAAACAACUCCAGGAGCUGGGCAUUGGAGGCAGGUGCAAGGGCUGCACCCCCAAGGAGCAGGACCACCUGGACAACAUGAUAUACCAGUUCAUCCAGAAGUUCAUCACUCGGUAUCCUAGAUACUGGCGCUCCAUCGUACCCAACAUCGGUCGUUUCUUGGUGCCCCGCAGUUCCUAAUUUAAAUACUAAUCGCUUAUCAUCACGUCUAAGCUGCAACUGUAUCGUCAGUCUUGUGUAUUGUGUUGUUCUCAAUCAUUCUCGCUGAUUUAUUGUUCAUGAAUCCAUUAAUUUCACAGCUGAUCAAUUUCCCUCAUUUUUGAUCGCGGAAGAAACCUGUAAGGCCUAGUUAGUCGGAGGAAUGGAAAUAUACAGGUUUUGAGACAUUCAUGCAUGGUUAUUACUUAGUAUAGUUUGGCAGACUUUGUUCCUUUAAGCAAGUUUCAUUGAAAACCAGAGAAUUUAUUUUACUG